CGUCGCGCGCGCCUUCAGCUCGCGCCAGUUGUGUUCGCGGCGCGCGGACUCCAUCCGGAGUUUAUGUCCGUUAUGAGGUGGACAAGUCCGUCAGUGUUUCCCCAUUUUGUUUACAGCUGCUAUGAAAAGAGCGGACAUUUCUCAACUCGCACCUGAGUCUCGGACCGAAUAAAAAUAAAAUAUAAAACAGAUUUUAAAGAAGAAUUGUUGUGAAACUUUGACCGUCGGAGUGAUGGCGUCCAUCGGGGACUUCGACCCGCUUAACACCAGCGUCCCUGCUACUAAAAUAGAAGUGACCGUCUCGUGCAGAAACCUGCUGGACGUGGACACGUUCUCCAAGUCUGAUCCAGUUGUUGUCUUAUACGUGCAAGGAAUUGGGACAAAGGAAUGGAGAGAGUUUGGCAGAACCGAAGUGAUUGAAAACACUCUGAACCCAGACUUUGUGAGGAAAUUUGUUUUGGAUUACUUCUUCGAGGAGAAGCAGAACCUCCGCUUUGACGUAUAUAAUGUGGACUCCAGAAGUUCCAACAUUUCGAAGCAUAAAUCUUUCCUGGGCCAGACUUUCUGCACUCUGGGAGAGAUCAUCGGCUCGUCUGGAGCGCGUCUGGAGAGAGCGCUGUCGGGUAUUCCAGGCAAAAAAUGCGGGAACAUCGUAUUUACAGCAGAAGAGCUCAGCAAUUGCAGGGAUAUUGCCACCAUGCAGCUCUGUGCCAACAAGCUGGAUAAGAAAGAUUUCUUCGGGAAAUCGGACCCCUUCCUGGUGUUCUAUCGCAGCAACGAGGACGGCACGUUCACCAUCUGCCACAAAACAGAGGUGAUCAAAAACACUCUGAAUCCAGUGUGGCAGCCCUUCACCAUCCCUGUACGUGCUCUGUGUAAUGGAGAUUAUGACAGAACAGUUAAAGUGGAUGUCUAUGACUGGGACCGAGACGGAAGUCAUGAUUUUAUCGGUGAGUUUACCACCAGCUACAGAGAGCUGUCUCGAGGCCAGAGCCAGUUUAACGUCUACGAGGUCCUCAAUCCCAAAAAGAAAGGAAGGAAAAAGAAAUACAUAAACUCUGGCACAGUGACGCUUUUGUCCUUCAAAGUGGAAUCUGAGUACACUUUUGUGGACUUCAUCAGGGGCGGGACUCAGCUCAACUUCACAGUAGCCAUAGACUUCACCGCGUCCAAUGGUAACCCAGCCCAGCCCACAUCUCUCCACUACAUGAGUCCAUAUCAGAUGAACGCCUACGCGAUGGCAUUAAAAGCAGUUGGUGAAAUCAUUCAGGAUUAUGACAGUGACAAACUUUUCCCUGCUUAUGGGUUCGGAGCUAAAAUUCCUCCUGACGGAAACGUCUCUCAUGCUUUCCCCCUGAACUCAGACUGUGAGAAUGCUAACUGUGUGGGAAUUGAGGGAGUCCUGGAAGCUUAUUACGAAUGUCUGAGAACAGUGCAGCUCUACGGACCCACGAACUUUGCUCCUGUCAUCAAGCAGGUGGCACAGGCCGCAGCAGGCGUGACAGACGGCUCGCAGUACUACGUGUUGCUCAUGAUCACAGAUGGAGUCAUCUCGGACAUGGUGCAGACUAAAGAGGCUGUGGUCGAUGCCUCCUCCCUGCCCAUGUCAAUCAUCAUCAUUGGGGUGGGGCCUGCUGAGUUUGAUGCGAUGGAGGAGUUAGAUGGUGACGAGGUGCGGGUGUCCUCCCGGGGCCGUGCCGCCGAACGGGACAUUGUUCAGUUUGUGCCAUUUAGGGACUACAUCGACCGCUCGGGAAAUCAGGUAUUGAGCAUGGCUCGUCUGGCCAAGGACGUACUGGCUGAGAUUCCCGAGCAGCUGCUGUCUUUCAUGAAGAGCCGUGGCAUCGAACCCAGACCUGCUCUGUCCCACUCUCCUCCACCACAUCUCCACGUACAUCUCUGAUCCCAUGUCAAGCUCCUGUUCACAGAUUAGCUGGAUAUAAUAACCUAAUAUCAAAUACUGACUGAAACAAUAACUGUAUAAUAUAGUCUAGAUCGUAUGUGGUUAUGUCACGCUCUGAUUAUUAAUGAUCACUAUGUUUGUCAUGGGUUUGCACUUACUCAGGUUUUCAGUAACGUCUCGUCAGUUCUGGUUGUACGACAUCUCUCGCACAUUAUCGGCCUCUACCUGCUAUAGAUGUGUGUGUCCAAGAUGGACGGUUUAACACGUGCACACUUGUCGGUGUGUCUUUAGCAUGUAGUGCAGCGCCUGAUGGUUAUUCGUUUGCCUUCACCCUCUCCGUCUUCGUUUUUCUUUUCCUCUUGAACAUUCACCCUGAGAGAAACAAGUGGUGUAAAUAUGUGCAGCUCUUUCUAAACGGAGGUUUUAUAAACAGAAAUUAAACAGACACUAUCGAUAAAGAGGACUAAAGAUGUUGUUUACCCUCAACGAUUAUUCCGCAGGAACUUAUAUAUUUUUACAUUUAGUUAUGUUGCAUUUCAUGUCAACGCUUGCUGCUAUAACAGGUACAGAUCGUCGUUGCCUCUUGCUUUCUCUCACGACUGGAAAUAAAAUGCAGCUCGUCAUGUUACGGAGAAACCGCCAAGGGCGAAAUCAUCCCUGAACACGUGCCAUAUGGCAGAAAACUUUUAAAAGGAAAAGUUUAUUGAGUCUCCCAAAGUGACUCAUGUAGAAUAUAGAAUUCUUCAGCAGAAUGUGUUCAUCAUGGAUUAGCAAUUUUAUUUAUAAUGGUUUGUUUCCUUUCCAAGUCCUUGGGUUAUAUCGCUUCACACUCAACAAUGCUUAUCUGUAAAUAUCGUGUCCAUAAGCGGGAAUGAAUUAAUAGUUAAAUUACAACAUUUCAACUACUGCAUAAUAAUGUCAUAUCGUUUCUACAUCACAACCUUGUACAUUUUUGUAGCUUAACGUUCUCUUUAAAUAAAUGAAAACGACACGUGGAUGAUAAUAACUCAGACGGUUGAGCAGAUCUCCAUGAGGAAUGUAAAGCGUAUCUAUUAGGAAUUAGGAGAUAUGUACAACUCCUCCUAACAGCUACUACUUAACUAGUCAUUUUCAGCAGUUAGCAGUUAGCGUUAAGGAAGAACUGCACAUUUGUUUCAGCUUACUUACCUGCAUAGUUACUUGAUGAGUUAUGGAACGGUAUUGUUGACGUGGAGAUGAUAAUGUAUUAGAGCCAGCACAUUAAUGUAUACCUGUGAUUUGCCACACAGCUGGAGCUACUAUAAAAUCAGUGGAGGUAAAAAAAAAAAAAAAAGGCAGGAUGAAAAAUGGGACAGAUCGCUCUAAGUGUUUGUGCUGAGGAAAUUAUUAUCAGUGUUUGGGAGCAGAAGAAGUGUGUAUCCGGCUGUGAAGUUAUGGAUGAGGUAGGAGUAAUGGCACUGUACUGAAAAUGUAAUUAUAUUGUUCUGUAAGCCGCACAGCAUUUUGCAUGUACACAUCUGCACAAGCUGCUCCGAUAUGAGCGGAUGUUUUCCACACACAGAUCCAGAUGUUGCAUGCUUGAAUUUUCCAUCCAGUGAGACGACAUACAGUCUCACAUGAGUCUAUUUGUACAGGUUUAUUGUGCUCGUGUGCCAUCUUGUGUUAAACAAUGUAGUCACAUGUAGCUGUGCAAAAAAAGUGUAAUAUCUACAAUAUUGAAUCAUUUCCCCCCCCCAGUAUAGUGUUAGGAUGUGAAGGACAAUUUCAGUUUUUUCUUUGCCUCCAGUGUUUAUUCUGAAAUAAAGCAUGUAUGUCUGGUACAAUGUCA